AUGGAGGAUGCAAACCACUCUGUGGUGUCUGAGUUUAUUUUCCGUGGACUUUGUAAUUCAAGACAGCUCCAGACCUUCCUCUUCCUGCCAUUUUCCACUCUCUACCUGAUGACUGUGGUGGGAAACCUUCUUGUCACGCUCUUAAUCAUCGCUGACUCUCAUCUCCAUUCCCCCAUGUACUUCCUCUUAGCCAAUCUCUCGUUUGUUGACUUCUGCCUUUCCUCAGUAACCACCCCUAAACUGACCACGGACUUCCUAAAGGACAGUAAGACCAUCUCCUUUGGAGGCUGUAUGACCCAGAUCCUCGGUGUGCAUUUAUUUGCAGGGGGUGAGAUGGUAUUGCUUGUAACAAUGGCCUAUGACCGUUAUGUGGCCAUCUGCAAGCCACUCCAUUACUCCCACAUCAUGGACAGACACAAGUGCAUCUGGCUAGUUUUGACAUCGUGGAUUACUGGCUUUCUGCACGCCAUGAGCCAACUAGCUAUGAUUUUAGAUCUUCCUUUCUGUGGCCCCAGAGUCGUGGACAGCUUUUUCUGUGAUAUCCCUCUGGUGAUCAAACUAGCCUGUACGGACACUCAUACUCUAGGAAUAGUGAUAAAUGCUGACAGUGGGGUCUUGGCUACCACUUGCUUCAUUCUCUUGCUGAUCUCCUACACCUAUAUUCUAGUAACUGUCCGCCUUCACUCCAAGGAUGGGGCCUCCAAGGCACUCUCGACCUGUACGUCCCACAUCACUGUGGUGGUGCUGUUCUUUGGACCCUGCAUCUUCAUCUAUCUGUGGCCACCCAGCAUCAGUUGGGCGGACAAGUUUCUUGCUGUGUUUUACACAGUAAUCACGCCUCUCUUGAAUCCAGCCAUUUAUACACUGAGAAAUAAAGAGAUUAAGAAUGCCCUAAAGAGACAGAUAAGUCAGCAUGUGCAUUCAAAGAGUAAUUUUUAG